CUGUUCACCGAAUGCGGCAGAGAGGCAGAGAGGGACUGAGAGAGCAGCGUCCGGUAGCGACAAUGGAGGGCGCAGAGGGUCGACUUUCCAGCGAGGAUUCAGGCGAGAUGGGCGGUGGGAUGGCGGCGGCGGCGGUGGAGGGGAUCAUGGAGCGGAUCCAAUCGGAUGACGAGGAGUGCAGGGUCCAGGCGGCGAAGGAGAUCCGGCGACUCACGAAGACGUCGCCGAAGCACCGCCGGCAGCUGGAAGGCACCGUCGUUCCGCUCGUAUCGAUGCUUCGUUCCAGCAAUCCCGAGUUCACCGAGGCCGCCAUGCUUGCUCUCCUUAAUCUCGCCGUGAAGGACGAGAGGAACAAGAUCAAGAUUGUGGAUGCUGGUGCAGUGGAACCACUAAUUGGCUUCUUACGGUCAACAAACUCAAAUCUACAGGAGCAUGCAACUGCUGCUCUACUCACCCUCACUGCUUCUUCCAUCAACAAACCGAUAGUAAGUGCUGCAGGUGCUAUCCCCCUCCUUGUCAAGAUACUUAGAGAUGGAAAUUUGCAAGCCAAGGUUGAUGCUGUCAUGGCCUUAUACAACCUCUCCACACUCCCUGAAGACAUUAACACCAUCCUGGCAGCCAAACCUAUACCUCCUCUGGUAAACUUGCUAAAGAUCUGCAAGAAAUCAUCCAAAAUAGCUGAAAAGUGCACUGCCCUUGUAGAAUUAUUACUUGGUCAUGAUGAGGGGAGGAUGGCUUUGACAUCUGAGGAAGGUGGGGUGCUCUCAGUGGUUGAAGUACUGGAGGAGGGGUCUCCUUUAAGUAGAGAACAUGCAAUAGGAGCACUGCUGACAAUGUGUGAGAGUGAUCACUGCAGAUAUAGAGAAGUAAUUCUCAAUGAGGGUGUAAUGCCCGGCCUUCUGGAGCUAACUGUUCAAGGGACCCCCAAGUCUCAAUCCAAAGCUCGUUCUCUCUUGCAGUUACUAAGGAAGUCCUCAUAUUCUGGAUCGGAGUUGCAGGCAGAGACACUUGAAAACAUCCUCACUAACAUUGUGGCCCAGAUUGAUGGUGAUGAUUGUGUGGGGAAGGCAAAGAAGAUGCUGGCUGAUAUGGUGCAGGUCAGCAUGGAGCAGAGCCUCAGGCAUUUGCAGAAGAGAGCUUUUGCCACUCCAACCAAGCAAUCUCGCACUAAACGUCAGUGAUAGUUCCAUGAAAUAGGUGGUUUUUUUUCUGUCUUUUCCUUUGUGUUGUAUCAAUGUUGGCAAUCAAAUUUCGGAUAAAUAGAAUCAUAUAGGAUGCCAGUCCAGGCCGUGAUGGUAGCUGGUGACUGGUGAAAUGUUCAUACUUAAAAUCUGUUAAGUGCUUUCUACUUUCCUUGUGGACUCUUUGGUGGCCUUUGUAUCAUAAACUAUUAGCCUGCUAUGCAAUCAAUGCUAUCUUGUUUCUUUUCAAAUUCCUUCAAUAAUCAGAUAAAUGGAACACAGAUUUGUUUUUC